GUACGCUCCAAUAGCGAUCGAAAUUCGCCAUGGCAAUUCAGCUGCACGCAGCACCUCCUCACUUAUCAUAGCGAUCUCCGCCUUUAGUGACAUUUAGCUCUCUAUCUCCUCUACUCCGCGUCUCUCGGCUCCCCAGCGCUGAACUUCAGUACCAUUAUGACUCCAUUACCACUACCCGACGGAAUAUUGUUCGUUCUGUUCAUCGCUAUCCUUGCACUACUCCUCCUCAAGCCCAGAAUCCAACAACUAGUACGGGAAAGCCGGCCAGAAGAGAAACUUGCGCCGCAACCCGCAAUCGACGAUGUAGCGGCCGACGAUACUGGAGUUCACGGAACACGAGUGCAAGCCACCACUACGACAGAAACCAAACCAGAUCCUUCGAUCGGAGCUCACGGCGAUGUAUCCCAUGCCCAAGCAACAUGUUUCCGGAUCUCUGGAAUACCCUUCAACUGGGAUAGCAACAGGCUCAGACAGGCAUUACGGGAUAUCGAUCCUGAACUCUAUCUUCCGCCCGCCGAGCUAUCUGAGCUGUUUCCAGCUUGCUGCGACACCUCGCAAGUCGCCUUGCUCACCUUGGAACGCUGUACAGCUUACUUUCAAAACUUCAAACAUAACGACGAACGCCAGAAAGUAUUCGCCGAAAAUGGCCGGAAGAUUCGACUUGUGUUCGACAAACACUUCUACGAUUUGACACCGAUGAACAGACCGACUACACCAAUCGUUGUUGACGUGAUAGCAAUUACUGGUCUUGGAGGCCAUGCGUUUGAGUCGUGGAGGAGCCGGACCACCACUGACCGGCCUGUUGAUCGCCCGAUGUGGCUUCGUGAUUUUUUGCCGCAGGCAAUCACAGGCCUUCGAAUUAUGACCUACGGCUAUGAUAGCAACCUGAAGAACCCUAGUGGGGCAAACCUGACCGACUAUCGGCGUAACUUCAUGGAGUGUCUACAAAACGCCAGAAGGGAUUGUCCGAAACGUCCAAUCAUCUUUUUCGGACACAACUUGGGAGGCAUACUGGUCGUGCAGACUUUAAUUGAAUCGAGAAAACACUCCAAGCACCGUGGUAUCCUCUACUGCAUCCGAGGGGUAUUCUUCUUCGGAACACCUCAUCAAGGACUCAGGACUGUCGAAUUCGAUGAGAUGGCUGGCGAACUCGACGAUAUGGAUUCCCAACGGAAGGUUCGCAAUCUACUCGCCCAGUUGCGCGAAGGCUCCGAAUAUCUGGAGAACCAGAAAGACGACUUGAGCGAGAUGUGGGGGAAAUUGCGUGGAAAGGUCUUUACUUUCCACGAGACCGAAAAGACAAAGUCGGUCAAAAAGCUAGGAUCAGGAGUCUUCGAAAGGGCGGGCAACGAGUUCCAAAUGGUCCAGCGACUAUCAGCUCAGCUUUACCUUCCGGGGGAAUCUCGUUUUCCGAUCGCCUCCAAUAAUAUCGACAUGGUGAAGUUCGAUUCACCUCAGGAUAGAGCUUUUCAGACUGUUGUCACAAGCAUGAAGGAGUGUCUCGGUGCGUAAGCGGAAUGGUAUACUACUAGAAUCGGCUCGAUUCCAACACUAACCCUAAAAAUUCCCAAGAACAAGUGGAUUGCCUGCCCGGUGUAGCUGGAGAGGAAGUUUGUGUUUUAGCUGUCGACACCUUGUUAGCAGCAGGCGCAAAUCAUGGCUCCGUGAACUGGUGCGGCGAUACACCGCUCCACCGUGCCAUCUCGAAUGAACACAAUGCCACAGUCUGGCUGCGCAUCGACCGCGGCGCCGAAGUCUCGGCCGUCAAUCACAGCGGAUCGACGCCGCUGCGCCUCGCGCUCGAGAACGGACGCGACGCGGUAGACCAGCUACUUCGCGAUCGAGUGCCACCGUGAAUCAACUUUCUUCCGCUUCUUCCCCAACCUCCUCCCUUUAGCUGUACUCUACUAGACUGGUUAUGUUGAGGUAACUAAUACCGAGUGGAGGUACCUUUUGGA